AUGUUCUCUGAAUACGCUUCUCGCUUCCUAGCACAAUCACAAUCCCGUAUCGGCUUCGCGACCAACGACGAUCGCAGUCCUGGCCACCACCGAAAUCAGAAUCCCGCUGCUUGGAGAUCGGGAACUGCCUCUAGGUUAGGCGCAAACAGAGGAGGAAAUCCCUACAACCCAGCCUCGUCUCAGAUAUCAAAUUUUCCCUUUGCCUCGCGUUUCAAUCCUCAGCAAGCACCUCUCUUCCACAGCGCCGUCGAUGAGUUCCGGGAAGAGAAUGAUGAAGAGGAACAUGAGCGCGAGAUAGCCGAUUUCUAUGCCCUACAAAAGUCUAGGCGCCAGCUAGGCGGCAGUGACUUGAAAGAGUCGGGGGCAAGCAGUACAUCUAGCACAGGCGAAGUGGAACAGUCAGCAGAAAAGCAUGGUGGUUAUGGCAGAGCCGGUGGCAUUCGCUCAUCCUGGAGGGGAGGCAGAGCUGGUGAGAGGAGUAGGGGACCUCAUAUGGAGGAUCUGACAGAAUCUGCCGAGCUGGACCAAAGUAUGAGGAGCGACCCUGCCCAGCUGAGUGAGGUUCGACUCGAGGACACUAUGCGGAGCGAAGCCGACGACGAGCCACCCGAAGACCUGGUCGACGAUCCGCCUUCUGUUCAACAACUACGCCAACCAUAUCCCGAAUCAGAAGAGGCAGACGAGAGCGACCGCAGGCAUCUGCUAAGAGAACGAGCAGAAGUGACUGAGAUGGAUGCUACCAUCGCAGUCACACGAUCCCCUGCUGAUCCCGUUCGGCACGACAUCUUUUUCGGUCACCUCUAUCUGCUUGCUCUGGCAGGUAUGUUCGCAACCUGGUUCGUCAUCUUCUUACACACCGAAGCUCCCAGCAAAAACAAACCUCUUGGUGACACCAUCUACACCACCCUACAUGGCUCAUUCCAUCUCCUUGGUGUUUACACUAUAGUCUCAGUGUUUGUCGGCCUUUUCUGGUUGGCUGCACUUCGAUCGUACGUUCGCCAGCUUGUGUUUGGAACUCUAAUCGUUGUGCCAAUCAUUCUGUUCUCAUUCUCAUUGUAUCCGUUCAUAUCGAGCUUUCAUGGCAGAUGGAGGGGCCAUUCGGCUCAAGACAACGCUAUGCGCUGGAGCUCGCUUUUGCCCUUCAUCAUGGCCUCGUUGUGGGUUGUGGCAGUCAUCCGAGGUCGAUUAGCCAUGCAGAAGGCAGUGUCAAUUGUCGAGUUUGCGACUAAGAUUCUGGCUGCUAAUCCAGCUCUGCUGCUUGUUGGAUUUACCACACUGGGAGCCAUCAUUGGCUUUACCUGGAUUUGGUUGUCCAUGUUCACCAGGGUCUUUCUUGGAGGUCAUCGGGUCACUUCAAUGGUCAUCAGGUUUGCCAUUGACACCACAACUUGGUGGAUCGGGAUUUACUUCAUUCUGGUCUACCUAUGGACCAUCAGCAUACUAUUCGGACUACAAAGGACAAUAACCUCUGCCACAGUCUCGCAAUGGUACUUCCAUCGUCUCGCUGUUCCACAGCCGACCUCGCAAACCAUUGUCAAAGCCGCCGUCAUGCAUUCCAUCACCACCCUCUUCGGAACCGUCUCGCUGUUCACAGGCCUCAGCUUACUGGUACGCCUACCGCUCUUGGUGCUACCGAGAAGACUGACUAUGUUGUUGAGCGUUGCUAUGUAUUCGUUCAUACCCAGCCCAGUUGCAACAUUGAUCAACCCAUUAUCACUUACCUAUGCUGCCAUACAUUCGCAGCCGUUGGCCGUUAGCUCACGUGGUCUCUCACAGCUACAUUUCCUAGCACCUAAUGAUGCGACUACCUCAUUACAUCCGAACACCUUCAAUCAGCGUAACAACCGAGACGGCUGGUCAGCCGAUGCUGCGCCAUUGCUGCCAUACAGACUGUCUAAGCUGCUGCUUCAUGCAACCCGUUUCAUCAUGUGCCUUGCCUUGGGUUUCGGGGGCUGGGUGUCAACGGCGAGAACAUUGAAGUUAGCAGGGACCGAUGGAGUACGAGGUAGCCUUUACGCCUAUGUCGUUGGCUUAAUUGCAGGUGCAAUAGGCUGGGCUGUCUUAGGUGCCAUGGAAGGAGUGCUUGCUUGUAUAGUGGACGCAGUUGUAGUUUGCUGGAGCAGUGAGGUUGGGAGUAGUGGCAAUGGAGAGGUACGCUACUGCCGAGAGGCUGGGUACCUGUUUGGUAGGGACGAGGAUGAUCGACCAGUAAGUCUAGCAUGA